AUGAAACACUCUGAAGAGAAGAGGUCUCUGAAACAGUACGACUGUGCAGACAUCUUUAUGAUCCGUGAUCAUAGAGAUAACCUAAUGAUCAAUGAUUCUUGGCUAGAAAUUGCAACAGCCGUGGGAAAGGAGAAAGAUGAACUGAGCGAACUGAAAGAGCAGAUCAAUCUGUAUGAGUCGGCCAUUAAAUGCGGAGCCCUGGAGUCUAAUGGAGACUGGGAGAACCAGCUGUCUGAGUCCUACAUGGACCUGGGGAUCAAGAAGUCCAAGUGGAGAAAUGGACGAAUCCACAGCACACCUCAUAUAUCAGACUCGAACUUGAAGGAGGAUGUGGUGCGCGAGCUGAAGAAUGAGAUGCAGCGAUGCUUGAGUCACUUGAAGAGCAAACGGCUGAAGAUCUCUGAGCUGCAGGAGGAGCUAAGACGCUCGCGUAGCAGAACCGAGACACUGGAGACACACAUACAGCAGGCUGACAGGACCAUACGGGACUCUCAGGUGAGGGAGAGCAGUUUGGAGAAACAGCUGGAGGCGUCUCAAGUCACCGUCGGCCCUCAGGAAGAACUCCGCAGACUGCAGGAGAGACUGGAGGCUCUGGAGAAGAGGAAUCAGGAGCUGAAGCAAAGUGAAGACAAACUGAAGGCAGUGAACUCUGAACUCUGCACCAAGAUGAGGGAGAUGAUCCAGGAGCUGGACCAGGAGAAACAGGAGGCAGCAGAGAGGAAUGAGAGGACUCAGCAGCAGUUCAGAGAUGAUGUGGUGAAUGGUGUCCGUGAGCAGCUCACACAGGAACACACAGCUCACAUCCAACAGCUCAGCAGCCAACAUCAACAACAAAUGCAACAGCUCCAGUCAAAGCUGGCGGAUCUCAGUCAGGAAGUGUUAGCGGUGCAGGAAUGCUACCUUGCGGUUUGCAAAGAGAAGGACAAGUUGGAGGAAAAUCUCCACAACAAACUUGAAGAAGAGUGGACGUUGAAAGAAAAGGAGCUGAAAAUUCGAGAGGAGACUGAAGGUGCUCUGGAGAAACUAAGGGCCGAUCUGGAGCUCCAGCAUCAGCAGGACAUUUCUCAGCUCAAAGCCCAGUGGGAGAAACACACACAGGCUGAGCUCGAGCUGCGGGUCAGAGAGCAGCUGGAAACGGCCAGGAAGAGCUGGCAGGAGGAGCACGAGACGCGGCUCCAGAAGUCUGAGGAAGAGGAGGAGGUGAGGAAGACGAGGCAGUUGGACACCCGAGAAGGAGCGUGCCAGACCAGUUCCUCUGAGACGGCGGGUCGGCUGAUUUCAGAGGAGGAGCUGGUGGUUCGACUUAAUGCUCAGAGAGACAUGCUGCAGCGAGAGGCUGCGGCAGCACAAAGCAGAGCCGUGGAGGAGGCCGUGAGGCAUGCGGAGAGAGAGAUGCUGCAGAAACACGCUGAAGACAUCACAGUCCAGGUCGAAGGUGCGAUAUCGAGGGCUCGUUCUCGAUGGCUCCAGGACUUGACCUCCCUUCCAGAAUACAAAAGCAGCCUGCAGACAGAGAAGGAUGAAUGGGAGAGACUUCAACAGAAGCACGUCCAGGAACAGGUGUCUUCAGCGGUGAGGUCAGCGGAGGAGCGGUGGCAGGACACACUCCGCUCUAAAUGUAGUGAGCUGGAGGAUGGAAACAGGCGAUUAGAGGAGCUCCAGGAAGAAGUUCUGACCCUCAGUGCUGAACUGGAGCGCUCGAGUCAGGAGCGGGACGCCUUCGUCAAAGCAGAGCUGGCUGAAGCCCAAGAUGCCUGGAUCAGGGACAAGCAGGAGGACAUGUCCCGCCUCAGGGCACAGCUCCAGAGAGAGCACAAACAAAAACUACAAGCCGUCUUGGAGCAAACUGGCAAGCAGAGAGAGACGGAGCUGCAGAGAAUCAUCAGAGAGAAGGAGCAGGAGUGGAGCGGCCAACAGGAAAGCAGACUGCAGGAGGAGAGGCAGAAGCUGCUGGAGGAGCUGCUACAGGGCCUGAAGGAGGCGCUGCAGGAGGGAGAGGAGAGGAGAGAGAGUCCCGAUGAUACAGAAACUACCAGAUCCAGAGUCUGGGAGAUCUGCAAACAAUCACUCAGCCAGGCCAAGCAGGAGUGGGAGAAGAGCAGUGAAGACAAGUUGAGACGUGCACUGAAGGAAACCCAGGAGCGUCACGAGGCAGAGAUCGCUGGUCUGAGGAAGCAGAGUGAAUGUGGAUCUCCUGCAUUUGCUGAGGCUCUUUCCAAACUCCAGAAGAAGAACCAAGAACUCCAGCGGCAUCUGGAAAAGGCCUGUCGCCAGCUGCAGAGGAGCGUACGAGAACAUAAAAACACCCUGCAGAGGAUUAAAGAAGAGCACGAGGCAGCGCUGCAGAAUGAGCAGCAGCGUCACCUUAAAGCUCUUGAGGAACUGAAACAAACCUCAAAUGCAGAAGCACUUUCAAGUGGUUCAGUCGGCCAGCAGAAUCUUCAAGCAGGUCUUGAGGAAAUGAAGGAGCAGUACAUGAAGGCAGUGGAGAAAAUCAAAGGAGACAUGCUGCGUUACCUGCAGGAGAGUAAGGAGCGGGCGGCGGAGCUGAUCAAGACUGAGGUCCUGAAGGAGAGGCAGGACACGGCCCGGCGGAUGCGCAGGUAUUACCUCACCUGCCUGCAGGAGCUGCUGGAGGACGGAGGACAGAGCACAGGAGCAGAGAAGAAAAUCAUUAAUGCUGCUAGUAAACUGGCCGCCAUGGCUAAAGUCCUGGAGACCCCGGUGACCAAACGCAAGCAUUCGAGAAUGCAGAACGCUUGUGGUGGAUCAGACAAAACAGACCCUGAAACCUGUGACUCUCCUGCUAAAAUGCUGGGUGCUGUCUCACACGGAGCUGAAGCACUCAAAAACGGUAAGGACAAGCAGAUCCAUCAGGUCUACAAUCAAACCUACACAUCCUUGAUGUCAAAACAAAGAGCUGUCAAACCAAAAGCCUUCGAACCAGAUUCCAUGAAGCCUGCAGUAGCAUCUAAAGAUCCUUUAACCACUGGUCAGGUAACUCAGAAACACACACACUUUGCACAUGACCAUGUUUUUGACAGCGAUAUCAAGAGUCCUAAUGUCACUCUGAGAAAACAGUGCAGGGACAUGUACAUGGAUGGUGGUUUUGAGUCUGGAAGAGCAGAACCAUUAGCCAAUCAACCUUUUCUAAUUGAAGAAGCUCCCGUUCGGGAUGACGGACAGAGUGACUGGAGUUUAACCAGUAAUGGCUCCAGUGCUCACCUGACGUCCUCUUAUCCCAGGUCUGGGAUGACAUUCUCAGUGAAUUCAGUGGGCGGUUUGGACUUUGGAAGCUCCAUUGGCAAUAACUCUGAUGUUACGAUAUACAAGGAGAUCAUUCAACCGCAGUCUUACUCUAAACCCAAUGUGUGUGUGGACAGAAGAACAAAUAAACACAGAGAGCCGAUCCCGGGAUCCGAAGGACAUGGUGUCCGGAAAAUGUGUCCAAAGAGCUUGUUUUCCGAGUUGAAAGUGCAUCAGCAGGACAGCGGGUUCGACAGCCCGUUGGCACUGCUUCAGAAAUGAAUAGUGUACAUAAAAGAGUUACGUUCUCGGUUUAUGGUCUGCAGUGUUUGUCUUCUGUACCGUCUGUGCAUGAAUUUGUUACUUUUUAACUUAAUAAAACGACCUAGUUUUACAUUAA